GUUUCAACAACACCUCGAAAUUCCACUGCUUCACCUUGUCGGGUCGCCUCGCGAGAACAUGGAAGAGUAUAGGAUGCGCUCAAAAGGAGAACGAAGGCCUUCACUUACAUGUGGCACCACACGCCCACCCAAUUAUGGCCAUGGGCCACGGGCACUCCUGUCUUGACAGCGGUUCCUGCUGCUCCCGUCCCUCCAGAUGCAACAAUCCUAGCCUGUCUCCCUCGAACGGACAGUCCGGAGAGUCGGACAGCUCGACGCCGCGACCCAUCGCACAGCACAAAGCAUAAAGCACAACGUGCAGUUCUUCUGCACAAGGGUGGCUGCACCGAGCACACCCAGUUUGCAUACCGAAGCCCAUCACCCGGUUCCGAGGUACCGCGUCCGGUACCCUCACAAAUCCCAACUUGGUCGCCUCUACGGAGCAUAUUCAACAUCUUCGUCCACGAAGGACCAAAGACGUCCAGCACAUCACAAGUUGGGACUCGGGCGAUGCUCUACUAUCGUCGCAUGGAGACAACUUCCGCAGGUCUCCUCUCUUCCGUAUGUGUUUCGGCCGAAGAUUCAUUAAUGUCAAGGCCUUGAAGGUCAGACCCCAUACAAUGGAAACCCCCUGUCUUUUUCUUUUUCUUCUCGGCGUGUCGACGUCCAUCUGGGAUCCCCCCUUGCUCCAGCGGACCAACAAACAACCAAC